AUGUUCUCACGGUUGCUCCGCAGCAUGGACGUGGACGUGGUGACGGCUAUUUGUGUAACUUUAUUGUUGCUGAAAACUUGUGCGUAUUCCGCCCAGGAGGAAGAGGACGACGGCGUGAUUCUGGAGCAAGAAAAGCUCACCGAGUUUUACAGAAAGGGUCUUUUCAUCCUGGAGAGCAACCUUCUUCAACGCUGUGUCACAGUGGAACAAUCCAACCUGGUGCUCCGGGACUGUCGUCGUCCCACCCGCCGCAUGCUGUGGAAGUGGGUCUCCCACCAUCGUCUCUUUAACGCUGGCACCAGCACAUGCCUGGGCCUCAAUAUGUCUGACCCCGCGCAGCCCCUCGGAACUUUCCAAUGCGACAUGGACCUUCCCGUACUGUGGUGGCGCUGCAGAGGAAAUAUGCUGUACGGGGCGUCCCGGUGGAAGGUGGCUGUCGCUGGGAAUUUGGUGGUGGUGAAAAGAAACUCUUAUCAUGAGUGGAAAAGGUACAACACGCCGAGAGAGGGGCCCUGCUCAAAUCCAUAUGAAGAUAUCCACACUUUGUUGGGAAAUGCACACGGCAUGCCCUGUGCUUUUCCAUUUAAAUACAACAACAAAUGGUACUCGGAGUGCACCACUGAGGGCCGUGAAGAUCAUCUUCCGUGGUGUUCGACCACCACUAGAUAUGAUGAGGCUGAAAAAUGGGGAUUCUGUCCAGUGCAUGAUUACAGUUGUGAGCAUUUUUGGGAGUCCAACCAGGAGCUUCGUGCUUGCUACCAGUUCAAUUUGUAUACCAUCCUGACCUGGAGUCAAGCAAUGCUAACAUGUCAGGCUCAGGGUGGAAAUCUGCUCAGCAUCACCAGCUUGGCAGAGCACAGGUACAUCAGAGAUCGGCUGAAUAGUGUUGGAGCAAUGGUGUGGAUUGGGCUCAACCACUUGAAGAACGGUCGGGGGUGGCAGUGGUCAGAUGGCGCACCUCUCUCAUUGGCUAAUUUCACCACAGCGCUGCCGGCCAGCCCUCUGGAAGACAACAGACAAUGUGGAGUGUACAACUCUGGCCCUGAAGGACUCUGGCAGAGUCUUUCCUGUGAGUCUGCUCUGCCUUACAUCUGCAAGAAGACGCCCAAUGACACGCUCAGAGCUGAGCCAUUCGAGAACUGGCAGUAUAUCCAAACAGUGUGUGAUGAUGGCUGGCUGCCUCAUAACGGUUACUGCUACCAGAUUCUGGCGCAUGCAGGAAGCUGGGAGGAGUCUUCUCAGGCAUGCCGCUCUCGCAAUGGCAACCUCAUCAGCCUUCACUCUCUCUCUGAAGUGGAGAUCCUGUACAGCCUUCUGGCUAACUAUUCUGGCGAGGCUUCAGCAAUGUGGAUCGGUCUCCGGAAACAAGCUUCAUCUGCUAGUGUAGAGUGGUCUGAUGGCUCGCCAGUAACUCUCACAAUGUGGCACCAGUAUCACCCUCCUCACAACCUAACUGGUGCAACUCUCUGUGCCAAGGCGGACAGGAAGGAAGGCGCCUGGGUUUUGGUUUCUUGUGAUGAGCAACUUCCAGCUGUGUGCAGAAUGGAGAAACAUCAGACAUCGGGGCACGAACCUGGAACUUGGGAUGAAGGCUGCCCUGAGGGCUGGAAGCGUCAUGGUCACUCCUGUUACACAAUCACCAGCCAUGAGCAGACACAUAAAGAUGCACAGAGUGGCUAUUACUGCAAUGCACCUCUGCUUACUGUGGAAAACAGAUUUGAGCAAGCAUUUGUCAACAGUUUGUUGAGUGCUAAUGGGGCCAACAGCAGCAUGUCAUAUUGGAUUGGCCUUGUAGACUCAGGAGAGAGGGGAGAAUACAAAUGGCUUCAUCACAAUAGCUCCAAUCUGCCCCUCACCUUCACAAACUGGAACAAACACCAGCCAGUCAGUGCCAAUGGCUGUGUUGCGAUGUCGGGUGGCUCUGCUCUAGGCCACUGGGAGGUGAAAGACUGCAAUUCCCACAAGGCCUUGUCAGUAUGUAAGCAGAGCAUCAGCAACUACCAAGAAGGCGAGCUGCUACCUGUAGCCCACAUCGAUGCCUUCAGCGCCUGUCCUCCAGGAUGGGAAUCACAGCCUGGUCUCCUCUAUUGUUUUAAAGUGUUUCAUGAUGAAAAGGUGCUCAUGAAGCGCUCCUGGGUGGAAGCUGAUUACUUUUGCCAGGCUCUUGGGGCUCAGCUGGCCAGUUUCCGCACCUAUGAGGAGCAAGUGUUUGUCAAGCAACUGCUCAGUACCAUGUUUGAAGGAACAGAGGGUCGCUGGCUGUGGGUUGGCUUUAAUAAAAGAGAUCCUGAACAUGCAGGGGCUUGGGAAUGGUCUGAUAGUUCUCCCGUGAUGACCUCCUUCAUCGAGGAUAAAAAUGACGAGGAUGAUAGGAGGGACUGUGCAGUGUACAGUGACCUGCCUAACAGCCUCAUGCCACGGCCAUGUGAAAGCCAACAUGAGUGGAUCUGUAAAGUAGCCAGAGGAGAUCAACUGAAAAAGCCCUACUGGUACACUGAGCAGAGUGAGCCGUGGGUGUUUUACCGUGGAGCUGAGUACCUGGUGGCCAAGCAGCCCUUUAACUGGGACGCCGUUUCUCUUGCCUGUCAGAUGAUGGGAGCUUACCUGCUGUCCAUUCACUCCAAAGAAGAGCUGAGCUUUGUUAAAGAGCGCUUGCGCCGGCUCUCUGUAGGACCCACUGACUGGUGGAUUGGUCUUUCCAUUGACCAGCAUGGAGAGGAGGUCAGGUGGAGUGAUAAGACAGAGGUCAACUUUGAUAACUGGGCACAAGGAAGUGAUGGCCACAAUGUUAAGAAAAAUGGGUUGUGUGUCACCAUGUCAUCAUCAACAGGGAAGUGGUCAGCCAAUAAAUGCAACGAUCUUUAUGGAUAUGUUUGUAAGCGAAAGACCGUCUCUGUAGUGGAGACUCCGAGGGAGCCGCAUUACAUCGGUGGUUGUCCGGAGAAAUGGCUGUACUUUGGACACAAGUGUCUCCUGCUUCACCUCCCUGACACUUCAAGGGAGGGAAAGAGUUGGAACGACGCCCGUUCCAUCUGCUCCUCUUUCCAAGGCUCACUCGUGGCUAUAGAAGAUGAGAUUGAACAAGCAUACAUAACCAUGCUGCUUCAAGGCAUCUCAGUAGGUGUGUGGAUUGGUCUGUGGAAUCAAGACACCAUGAAAUGGACUAAUGGGAGGCCAGUCAGCUAUACCAACUGGUCUCCUGUUGAACCAAAGAGCUACCUCAAUGAGGAUGAGUUGCUCAUUAGCUCCAUCGAUGAACCUCUGUGCACCGUGCUGUCCAACAACCACAACGUUCACCUGACAGGGAAAUGGUAUGAUGAGAAGUGCAGUGAGGAUGGCUAUGGCUUUGUUUGCCAAAAACCUCAAGAUACAUCCAAACCCCCAGCCCACUCUUCUCGCCACCCUCUCCCCGACAGUGUUGAGUACAAAAGUCGCAGUUACAAGGUGGUUUCAGGCAACAUGAGCUGGUAUGAUGCCAUGCAUAUGUGCAUAGACAGUGAUUCGGACCUAGUGAGCAUCACAGAUGCCUACCACCAGGCUUUCCUUACGGUCCUUGUCAAUAGAUUAGGAGUCCCGCACUGGAUUGGACUGUACAGCCAAGAUAGUGGCAUUAACUAUCAGUGGUCAGAUAGCAGCGAUACGGUGUACACACACUGGGACGCGGCCGAAGAUGACGAAGAGACCGGAGAAUGUGUUUACAUGGACGUGAAUGGCGGGUGGCGACGAGCUGACUGUGAAACUCUUCUACCAGGAGCUUUGUGUCACAUUCCUCCGCCAAGAAAUAAGCCGUUUAUUUCCUAUGAGGCUGUGUGCCCCGCAACAUGGGUGAAAUUUGGGCGUGGCUGUUACAACUUUGAGCCUCUGGUGCAGAGACUGACUUUUGAGGAUGCGCGUGAGCACUGCAGACGAAAAGUCAACACUUCCGAUGUCGUGUCCAUCGAGAAUGAGGUCGAGAACCGCUUUGUCCUGGAGCAGCUGUGGUCUUCAGGGUUCCUUCACCAGAACAUGUGGUUGGGACUUUACUUCAACAUUGACACCGAUUCUAUGGCUUGGGUGGACGGUUCACCUUUGGACUACAGCAGCUGGACCAACAAAGCUCCAGACUUGAAGACGCUGACGGCAGACACCUGUGUCACCACCCGGGCGGUUGACGGAAUCUGGCGAUUGUCAGGGUGCACCCUGCGCCUCGGCUUUGUGUGCAAAACCAUAUCAGAUGUAACUACUGAGGUGGAAGUGGAACCUAUCAGUGGACUACAUUACGGCGUCAUCCUUGCUGCUGUGCUGGUGGCCGUGUUGAUCUUCGCUCUGCUGGCAGGAGCGCUGUGCUUUGCUUAUAGAAGGAACGCUGCACAUUUCCGGGGGCUUCCUGCACUCGGUAGCGCCUAUUACCGACAAAGUGGCUCCCAAGCGGCAGAGUCUGAUGGUAAUGUGCUGAUCACAGAGCUGGACGAUCACACAGGAUAACGUGAAAGACUGACAUUGCCACAUUGCUUCAGUCAGUGGUAGCAAACCUUUUAUGAUUCACUUUAAGAAAGCUAUUUGAGCAUUUUUUUCCAUUGGCGCACGUACUGUAGCUCUCGGUCCUCACUAGGAAGGGUAGAGUAGAAUGACUGUCUUACUAGUAAUUUUUUUUCCAUUAUUAAUGUCAUUUUGGUUCAAUAAUACAAACUUUAUGUAAAGGAUUUAUUAUACGAUUUCAAGGAUUGCGAAUAAAUGCUUGAGCAGCCUUAAUAUCUUUUGAUAGAGUCCAUUUACUACUGCGCUCUUUGGCGUCACCAGUAGGACAACCUUGGCUUACUAGUAAGACAACUACAUAUUACUUUUACGACAUAUCUGAACUGCAUGGUACUAGGACUACUAGUGACAUUAUAGAGUUCUACUUGUUAACAUCAAGAUCUUCACUAGCAGUUUUGCCUCACUGGUAGCAUGUAGUUGUAGGUAUUAAUUACUACUAAGACUGUUGUUCGACUUGUCUGCAUGAGUGUAGUGGUACUGAAUGGUCUUGCUAGUGAGGACUAAGUGGGUACUAACACAUGGCCCCUAAAAGGGAUAUAAAUGCAAUAAAUGCUCGAUUGGCUUUCCACAGAUCUGAGCUUCCUAUAAGAAAACAAUACAUGCUUUCUGCCGACAGCCGGGAUCAAACCAGGUACCUUUAGAUCGUCAGUAUACCGCUCUCCCCUCUGAGCUAUUUCAGCUCAUGGGCAAUGUAUACUAUCUUCACUGAUUAACAUGACAAAAGGGGUAACUAGUUCCUGGGAAGCAAAUCAAGAUGAAAACUGUUUUGAGUUGGGUAUCAUGUGAGUACAGAUACUGUAAUGCUAUAGGUAAAAAAAUACUUAAAUUCUUUUCACCCUAAAAACAAAUUGUAGUAAAAACAAAACUUUUUGCAAUUGUUACAAUCUACUUUUUGGGCUUUGUACAUUUUAAUUAACAGUCCAAUUAGUGUUGUUGAAAUUGUACUUGCAGUACAGGUAUUUUGUCAGUAUUACUAAUAUAGAUGUAAAUACAUGUUUUACUGAUUUUCUGCAUUAAAAUCUGUCAAACCUCAAACUGUAUAAGGUUAUGGGAAGCAUUAAUUCAAAUUUCCUUGAUAUCCUGCUUUCUCAUUGUAUUAUAUUACUCCAUUGACUUUUUUUUUUUAGUGGGGAGGCUAAAGAGCAUACCAGGACAUAGAAAAAGAGGAAGUCAACCCCAACAUUUUCUUGGUAGUAAUAUUACGGCUCAGGUCAGAACUAAUCACGGCUCAGCUUCAGAAAACUGGUGGAUAAAAACAGGUGGAUUUUGCUACGUAGUAACUCAUUCCACAAACGCAAUAUUAAUCAGAAUGCUGUGUUUUGAGUGGUGGGGACACACACAACAUAAUGUAAAGAUUCUUCUGGGGUUGACUGCUCCUAUAAGCUGGAUAUCAAGGAUAUCGAAUAAAUGCUAACCAAACAGCUUUCAACGUAAGAUGACAGAUAACUGGAUGUGUUAUUUUUUGCAAAGCAAGUUAUAAGCUGUCAUUUGCACAGUUGUGUGUAAAUAUAUUUCAAUAAAUUCAAGGAGGUCCAA